AUGGCCUUACCACCUCCUCCACCGGUUCAAGUUUGCCAACCGUCAUGUGCACCAACCUGCUGCCCACCACCACCACCCCCCACCAGUUCAAACUUGUCAACCAUCAUGUGCACCCACCUGUUGUCCAGAACCACCACCUCCUCCCCUCCGCCUCCACCUCCGCCUCCUCCCCCCCCCCCACCGCCGAUGAUUUGUCCUCCCUACGUGUGCCCCUCCAACGUGCGCUCAGAACUGCCCUCCGAUUUGCUGCAAGCGAGGAGAUUAGAUGAAAGUUUAAGAAUUCCAUCAAUUAAACAAGCAAGCAGGUCACGAUGAAAGAUAUGGAGCAACAUGAAGCAAAAAUUGAAUUCUUUUUAUCUCAUUUAAUGGUCUGCAAAAGGACAUUUCUGUACAUACGGUAUAAACACCUAUUGCUUGGUAUCCGAGAUGGUAUUCCAACGAUGUAAUUAUUACAUUGUUUAUUUCAAUAAAGUGCUGUAGGUUACUGAAUUUUGUGGUCUUAAAAAAGAUAGAACCUCACAACCCUUAGUACACCAUAGGGUAAUGCCCCGGGCGGUUACUUGAGUUAGUUUUUGCUGAGUAUGUGCCGCUGGUCUCUCAGAACUCCUACACUAUCAUAGUCUAUUGUGUGGCCAUAUUAUAGACCUCAUCCUAGUCACUUUGGGAAAAAAGUAAUUUCACAAUCCCAACUUAGUCACUUUCUGUUUAUACAUCUACCUUAAAAAGGCUUUUAAAUGGGUCAUCCUGAAAUGAGCUAACACAUUUGUUAAACUUCAUGUUAAUGAGGUGUAAAUCUUUCUAUUUUUAAAUCCCAACAUACCUGAAUUUUCUUACCCCCAAAAUCCUGAAAAUGUGCGACCACAUUCUAGUAACUCUUAUAAAAAUGCAACCCCAUAAUAGUCAAUCCAGUCGUGAAAAUGCGACCCCAUCCAGCGGCACAUAUUCAUUAGCCUACUACUAGGAAGUCCCCUUCCCAUAGGGUAAUGCCCUUGGCCGGGCUAUUUAACUGAAAAUGGUUCAUUUCUGCCAUCUAACACUGCUUGCCGUACUUGAUCCUCACAAGCUGAGGGAAAAACCUUGAGGAUAAGUUGGAUGAAUCCAACUAAAAAACUUUAAAUGUAUAGUCGAUUAAUAAUGUCAUACUAGUGUUGUAACCUCUGUAAACCCCUAUACAAAUCAACUGGGUUUAGAACUAAUUUUUGAUACACACGCCUGCUCACCUUAUUUUAGUAUUAAUUUUAAACUAACGUUUUAAACAGCUCUGUGAUGAUCUUUUCAUUGGACCAUUUCACAAUUGCGUCUGAUCUGUAUGGGUGUUUAUAAUCUGUACGUCGUAUUUAAUCUAGUAUAUAAACUUUACAUUGUUAAUAAUCUUACGCAUGAUAUUCACUUGGACCUGUAGUUCCGAUAUUCCCGACACUGAGAUCGCUCCUAAGGUAAGGUAUUUUCUCGUGUGCUGCUGUUGUUAGGUUAUGGACUUUCAAUCGCCUCCCUUUCAAUAUAAACAUAACAAUGAGGACAAUUUGCAUAUAAAUAUUUAGACAUCUAGACAUCCUGGAUUUUUAAAUUGUUUAUCCCGUCAUUGCCCAGGCGGAAAGUAUUCUUGUAGCAGAAGGCGUUUUAUAAGUUUUUGUAAAUAUGAUGGGACGUGGCUUUGCAAGAUAGCCGUGACGUCAAUAAACAUGUUCGCCGUCCAAAUUUAUGGAAACUUAAGAUUCAUUGAAAUAGUGUUGAAUUUUGCAAUCCCGUGGGUUAAGUUAUCUUACAAUCGUAAUUUAAUUUGCUGCCUUACCUAUGAACAUGCUAGACAUUUUUUUAGGAAAAUAAAACGAAAGACGUCAUUUUCCCCAUGUCAGUUACGACGUCAUAUCAUAAUCAUCAUAAUCAUCAUAUAUCAUAAGCGUCAUAUCAUAUCUAAGGCAGAAAAUGAACAGCCACAAAAAUGAAGAGAUUCUGGCUUAACAUCACUCGUCUUGUAAACAUCUAGCCUGCACCACAACCCAAACUUUGGGUUAUGUCCGUCUGCGAAACAGCGCCGAAAUUCUUGUUCUAGGUCCUCACCUGUGUACCAGGAUUUGAGUAUGCACCAUGAUUGGCCUGUUAAAAAGGCCAUUGUUGAUUUGCCAAUCAGGUUGAGAGGAAAUUCGAAACGCUUCCGGUAAUUGGUUGAGUCCCUUGGGGGCCGAGAAUAAGUAUUUCGGCGCUGUUUCGCAGACGUUACUAACAGGAGUCAGAUCACGUCUGCGACGCAGGCUAGCAAACAUCUAACAACAUCGUUUGUGAGUGUUGAACACCCGAUUCCACUUCCUUGAAUCAGUCUGAGUUAAGCUGUCAAAGGCCGGGUUUGAGCGACAGUUUGUUCAAAUCAAUGGCCCUGAAAGCCCUGAAGUUGUACCAGUCUUUGCGAGUGUUUGGAUAAGUUUUUAUUACCCUCGUCUCAGAUUCUACAGUUUUUAUUUUCGUUCAGCGUUUCUUCGCCAAAAGAAACGUAGUUUGGAAAAUGAAAAUGCCUUUUCUUGUCUCGGUCUCAUAUAUUGGCCUCUUGAACAUCAACUGCACAGAGUUCUAAGAGUUCUGAUUUUCUUCAGUGUGUCUACCAUUUUGUUAUUCUACAUUUUUCAAUUGAGUAAACAAGGCUAAUUAGGAUAGUAACAACACAGUAAUCUCUUAACUUCUGUUUAAUAAAUUUAGAUGGACGGCCAUAAGCAGCUUCAUAUCAAGUACAAAUUUAAACCGAACUGAUUCCUCAUCUUCAUUCUGCCGGAAUCCUUCCCGAAGCUCUUUGAAAGUCGUUUUAGAUAGAAGAAACUAAGUGUCUCUUACGGGGGAGACUGUACGUCUACUGAACAUCGCGUUCUUGCUUCUGUAGCUGCAGGAUUCAGAAGCGUCGGAUUACUUCUACUGCUUCUUUCGGCCGCGGCCGACGGAGGUGACUUUGGCAAGCUUUUAACAUGCAUAACAUUCCAAACGUUGUUGGCGGUGUGCUCCACUCUUUUGCACUACGUCUUUGUCCUUUGAACAGAAACAGCUUCUUCCCACUAGCAACAGAUGUUCAUGAAUUAUUAUUCUCACCCGUUUGAACUAUCUUUCGCGGUUUUGGAUUGUAUUAAGCUUCAAAUUUAAAGAUAAAACAAGAAUUUUACUAAGGGUUAUUGCAAAUUUUCCUCUCUGUUAAAAGUUGCUCCAGACGACUUUUGGGUCUUGGAGGUACAAGUUCAAAUCAAAUGAAGGUUAUGUGAGCAGAAACUAUUAUUGGGACACAUUCUUUUUGGCAAACAAACCUCUCCUUGCUCCGAUUACAGCCAGGUGAGCACACAAGAAUUAAUCUUCUAUAGUAAAAACUUAGAUUCUGAAUCGGAUUACGCUCAAAAGUUAAUUUUCGAACAACUUCUUUGUCUUCUCUUUGAUCGUCAGUGAACAAAAAUUGACAAGUUAGCUGCAAUUUGUAGCUAUUUUGUUAUCAAACAUUUAUGUAAACAGAUAAACAACCCGCCACUUUCUGUGAUAAACUAUUCAAGUAACCUUUAGGAUUCAACUCAACAAUCACCGUUUUAAAAGAAAUGUCGUAAUGCAUUUCAAAAUCAAUGAUGCGUGACGUUGUUUCACUGCAAGCUUAGCUGUACGAGGAAACGAAAAAAUAACUGGUAAGUUUGGGGAUUUUUGUUUUAUAUUCUAAAAAGAGUAUCUGAGGCGUGAUUUUUGAUUUUCAUUUCUUUUUCGUCUCUUGACACCACAAAGGAGUGCUAGUGACCAUAUUUGGUACCUGUAAAUUUCUCACUUGUAAGGUGAACUUAGCGCUUUUUUUUUGUUCGCUUCAGAUGUUCUGAAAGAUCGACAAGAUGACCCGGGUUUGGCUUGCUUCAGCGAUUUUGCUGUGCUUUGCGGUCACGCUUCUGAAGUCUGAAAAGUUAAACAAUCGUGAAUCAGGUACGCGAAAUAAGUAAUUUAUUAACCGUGAAACAAGUUAUUCCAUGCCAUAAACUUCACCCUAAAAUAUUCACUUUUUAGUCCAAUUAUUUCAUAAUGUCAUUGCUAUCGAGAUUUUGGCCAUUUCUGUAAGGAACUAUUUUAAAUACAAAAAUAUAUUGAGCAUAACUAAGAAAAAAAUUGUCAACUUUCAAGGUAGUGCUAAAAGUAAAAAAUACAAUAAUUUAGUGACUUGGGAUGUGUCCCAGAAUAGAUCUCUAAAAAAGUGGCGAACACAAAUUAAAGUCCUUAACUGGAAAAAACGCAGUCUCGUUGACGGGAAACAAUCAUGACAGAAUCCUUGAUAUUUGUUAGUUGUCCUAUCUAUCUUACAGUAGUUUGUAGUUUAAUGAUAAGAGCUCACACUUACCGGACCUUGGGGCAGGUUAAGGAUCUGGCAAAUGUUAGCAAUCAAUAGCACUGACACCUGUUGGACGUAAAGACCGAGAUCAAGAAGCCAGUAUCCAAAGCGACAAGAGCGUUGUUGAUUGUCUGGGUAGUGAUCGUAUAUAUUUACUGAGUGGUAUAGUGGUUUUCAGUGAUUCAUUUAUACGGGACCUUAAGUUUGGAUUCGGGGUACAUUUGAGUGCAAGUAUUCAAACCAAGUUUGUGUUCUUUAUAGAUAAUUAUUCGUGGAUUAAUUUUACUUCUUGAGCCGGUGAAAAACAGGAGAGUGCGAGAGAUUCUCUCGGACGAGGCAACGCAUUUAAAAAAACGAAAGAAGCCCUUCAUAGUUUCUUGUCCCUGGUUGUUCAUUAACUGUUGACAGCUGUGUUGAAUAACUUUAAUUUAUAACUAUCCAGCGGAUGUUUACCACUAAUUAUAAGGGCCUGUUUACAAGGAGGUGUGGAACCCCAGGUAGGUCAGGUCACCCGCUUAGGUGGGAUAAGAGGGCCCUAAGUAGAGAUUAAUCCGGCAAAUACUAAUAUUCACCCUUUUGAACAAAUGAAGCCUACAAGUACCUAAAGCCAAAAAUAAAUAACACGGUCGUAUUAAAGUGAAUCUGGCGGUUAGCAUUUACUUAAAUGGUCACUGUAUUUUGUCGUUAAUGUUUCCUGAUCUUUGCGUCCAAUUCGUCUACUUCACAUAAUAUUUUGUUCAGUUUCUUUUCAAAACACAUCGCAACAAAUCGUGUUACAUGAUUUACAACACAAGGCCAAGUAUCUAGGGGUAGAAACUGUUUGAAUUACAGUAAAUCCUCUAUUAAGCGCCCCCCGGCCCCCCCUCUCAAAUAAGUCCCCAUUUUCAGGGGAAGAAUUGAAAGUUAAUAAGCCCUCCUUUUUUGGCUGAGAUUAUAAUACAUUACCACAUGAAGCAGUUUGUACGAAAAACAAUUAAAAUAAGCUACGUUUCUAAAUUUUUCUAAAUACGAUUGCUAAAAGGGGAGAAAAGACAAUCAGGAAAGAACAAAUCUUGUAUAAAUAACAGUCACCUAAGUAUGAUACAAAACUGAAUUAAACUCUGGAAGUUUUAUUCAACUGACGUCAUCUUGAAAAUGGCCUGUUGAAAACCGCUUUAGGUGGCUGGACUAGAUUUUUUAGGGAGUAUAACUCCCCGCUUUGAACGUUUACUGCGUCAGUAUUAACAAAGAUAGCGCAAAAACGUUACCACAGCUGCACUAUGUAAAGACGAAAAUUUGUUAUGAUCCAUGUUUUAUUGACAUCGAGUUACCAUGGCAACAUAAUGACGCCAUUACGUUUUUCACUUGCCUUUGUAUUUCUUGGUUCUAGGAGUUUUUUUUCAGAAAUCGCUUGUACCUCCCUUAGUUGCCUCGGUUGUAGGAAAGUUUGAACAAAUUAUAUGAGAGAGUUUUGGAAAUUAAAAACAACUGUAAGCAGAUACAGCCGGUCAGCGCGGAAAAUCGUAAGCGAAGAAGUUACACGUGAACUUGCUUACCUGGUGACUGCUUCAAAGGGUCGUGUUGCCAUGAUAGCAAAAUUUCUGGAUCUCAACAGUGUUCCAUUCCAUGUUUACAUCCAUCAUUCGACAACUCAAAAGGCCGCCUCUGUCAAGGAAAAUUGUUUAGAAUCAGAAAUUUGCUACCAUGGUAACGUGACGUCACAUUUCUCCUCUCUAUUGUGCAUCAAUCAACAAAGCGGAGAAACACUUUGGGCACUUUUAAAUUUGUAAGCGCUAUUUCAUUUACUCAGGAAAGUUCAGCAGGAGUGUGCCAGCUCUGCAGCAAAUUUCUCGACUGGAAGAUGCAAGAAGCCACAUCGCAAAACCAGAAAAGGAGGAAGACGGAACUAAAGACGACAAGACUGAUGACAAAAAGAUGGAACAAAAAGCUAUCAAAGAUAAUAAAUCUGAUUCUCAAAAGGAUGGAAAGAAACAGAGCCGUAAGGAACAAGAAAUAAUGAAAAAGAUUGAGAAAAAUACCAACGAAGACGACAAAUCUAAUAACCAAAAGAAUGAAAAGAAGCAGGACGAUGAAAAGAAACACAGCCGUAAAGAGCAAGAAAUAAUAAAAAAGAUAGAGGAUGAUGUGAAACAAAUAACAGAAGACAAAACGAAGAAAGAAGAGGAUAAAAAGCAAGGAGAUGAAAAGAAGAUUGAGGACGCUAUAAGAAAGGAAGACGAAAAGCAGAAAGAGAAGCUUAAGGGUGAUACAUAGUUAAUGGCAAUGACAUAGUUAAUGACAUAUUUAAUUAGCCAGUAAUUAAGCAGAGCUAGUCGGCUAUCGUAGGGGCGGAUCCAGGAACUUUUUAUUUUGGUUGGGGAGGGGCGGGGUCCGAACUUUGGUUCAGAAAGGACUGUUGAACUUUUCUCCUGGCAAAAUAACUUCUCACAGAGACAACCACGAAUUUCUCAGUUCGUGAAUGCCGGUCGCCGCUGCUGUUGGUCCGGAGCCCCAGAUCCUCCCCCUGGAUCCGCCACUGAAUCCAGUUAGCCAUUCAUUUAUUCAUUUAUUCAUCUAUUCAUUCCUUCAUUCAAUUAAAUCUUUAAGUCCCAAGAAUGACCAACAACGAUUUUCUCCUAAAGAUAUAAAUGCAUAACGAAGAAAAAAGAUUAUGAGGAUUACUAGAAUGGUCAGCUAAAGGAAAAUCCUUUGAUCUUUUACAGAAUUCUCUGUACUAAUUCUUCAAGGAAAUGUAUGAAGAUGAGUCUGGUGAAUUUGUAUGCGUUAUUGAUUAUCCGGCCUUCGAACAACUGGGCCCAGAUUUUAGUGUUAGUGAAAUGUAUCAUUCUAGAGGAUCUAUCACUAGCUGGCAUUAAAACAACCUUAUCAGCUCAUGUAAUUGAGUGGGUUCAUGACUGACAACUACUGGUGGCAGUUACUGACGAUUAGCGGUAACCUGAUGUCAAAUUUUAAGAUUAUUCGAAAGCAUUUUCUGAUCUCGGAUAACUUUUCACAAUUCUUUUAAGGUCUUCCAGUCAUUAUAUUAUUAUAGACAAAUAUAAUUAAACCCGUGACCGGGUCAGGGUUAGCUGAUUGUUUUCUUUUAUUCUUUCAGCCGAUCCACCACAGAAAAAUACUCGCAAGAUUCAUAAAGACGCUUCCAAACCGAACCUUAAAACACACCAAGACAAGCCAGCACCUGCUCCAGCUAGACGCCCUGCUCAGGUCCAGAGACCCGCUGUCGCACCUCGUCCCCCGUAUCCAGGGUACCAGCAUGCUCAGAGGUACCAGCCAUAUUAUCAGCACCCGUACAACACCGCCCAAGCUGGAAUGCCACCCAUGUCCCCUAUGGGCGGAGCAUGUCUACAACAAUGUUGGAAGAAGUGCACACCAAUAUGUAUCCAACACAGAUGUUGUCUGCCAGGCAUGAGUAAUCCAGGGAUGCCACUUCCUCCUCCUCCUCCUCCCGUGUACCCACCACCACCUCCGAUUCCUCCCCCUCCCCCUCCUCCAAUGGUAUUUUAUCCCCCUCCACCACCACCCCCCAUGCCUAUUUCCUACCCUCAGAUGCAGACGUGCCAACCAUCGUGUGCUCCAGCCUGCUGUAUGUCUGCCCCGGCCCCGGCUGUUCCUGCUCCUGCUCCUGCCCCACAACCUAAACCAGCACCUCCUAGGCCCGUUCCACCCCGGCCCAGUCCUGCUUGCAACACUGCUUGCGCUCCACAGUGCUGCACGCCCAUGUCUUCUUCAUAUCCUGCGCCUUAUCCUGCACCUUAUCCAAUGCCAUAUCCUGCCCCUCAAGCGCCAAGUUACAUGACAAUCCCAUCCUACAGUCAGAAUUUAUGUGGCGGAUACUCUGGAUAUCCCGGAUACCCCUGCGGGACUGGCAGCCCUGCAACUACCGCCAAACCCAUUGCAACGAAGCCAAAGAAAGCCUGUGCUCCAAUGUGCCUCAAGUUCUGUCUGACAGUCUGCCCUCAGGAAUGCUGCAGUGCCAACAUAACAGGGGUGCAAGUAGUCAAACCAUCUGCAAUAACCCCUGGUGCAGUAGCCACUCCAACUCCCUCGUCCUGUCCUGCAAACUGUGCAAAAGUAUGCGCAACACCAUGUCCUCAGGUAAGGAUGAAUUAUUGAGACUUUAAGCCCCAUUUUCCAAAUAGAAUAUAACAGAAUAGAAAACUUUAUUAAUGUGUCGGAGCCGUAUAGCUUGGGAAUAACCCCAUACUAAUUUGGGGACACAAAUUCUCCCGAUUGAUCUCCGUGACAUUUUCUGGGAGACGUUUUUUGAGAGAACUGAUAAACGAUCAAGGCAUUUCCCCUUAUGUGAUCAUUCUAUUAAUCAUAACUAUAACAAAAUUCUCAAAUCUGAUUGGUUCUCAACUGCCCUGAUUUCAGCCUUAAUAGGACAGUUUAAUAGGACAGUACGCGUCAUGCCUAAGUAAUUGGACAGUACGCGCCAUCACGCGCGCGCUUAAAUGGCUUUUUCUUUUUCAUUGCUAGCUGAAAAAUCUUAGAAUUUCUUGUGUUUUGAUUUAAAAAGAGCCCUAUAUAUCACAAAUUUUGUUAAAGUUAUGAUUAAUUGGUAACAGAACUUCGUGUCGUUCAAUUCGGUCUGUAAGUAUACUCCAUACUCCUGAUUAAGCAAAUCAGACUCCCGCUACGCGGUCGUCCGAUUUUGUUAAUCACUCGAAUGAUUACAGACCGAAUUGGACUCCACUCAGUCCUGUUACCAUUACUAAUUGACCACUCCAGAAAAUACCAUAACAUACCAUAAUGCUGGUCACGUAAAGGGUUAAACAAAUCGGUCAGUAGCAGGUGGGAAUACACGGGCAGGCCGGACCGGUCAAUCUAAAAAAUAAGAUAGGCUUUUUAAAGAGUUUCUUCAACACUUGUCAAUGUUGUGCAUACUAUUUAACCCUUUACGUCUCAAGAGCAAAAGAGUAAAACCGGCUUUCCUAACUCAAAACGAUUUUUACUUUUUGAUAGAGUUGUUGUACAUCUGGUACUCAGUCUCCCGUCACAAAACCUUCAGUGGCCCCUACGCCAACAAAAACCUCAGGAACGCGUGAGUACCAUCCAUGCUCUUAUAUUAAGCAGUGGUGGAUCCAGGGGAGGGGACCGGGGGUCCGCCCCCCUUAUUGUUAGACCAAACUGAGGCCGAAGGGCCGAAAAAAGGGUCUGGAGGACCAGGCCCCCUUCCCCCCUCCAUAUCUCAAGUUCUGGAAUCGGCAGUGUUUAGGAUAUGUUAAACAGGGGAAUAUUUUGUGAUUGGUCUACUUCACACCCUCGAUUUUCUCAUUACUUGUUUCGUGUAUUGUAAGCCGGUGGAGAUUGAUUGAUCCUGGGUUAAACCUUUCUUGUAAUCCGUUCUAUGUAAAAAAAAGUUUAUUGUAUGUGAACGUCAACCAACUUUUAUCAUUUUAAUUUGAAUUAGUAAAGCUUACUGACAACGUUCUUUAAAAAGGACACGGUCCCUCCUAGAGAAGGGCCUGCCUUGUAUAGAGACCAGAAAAUGUAGAUAGGAAGCCACUAACUCCAAACUGUAACGGUAAAGAAAGUUUGUAUCUAUCGAUGUUUCUAGAUAACUGACCACCUACCCCUCCCCUAAGUCACAGUUUUGCCCUUAGUGAGAAUUAAGUGUUAGUGAUGACUUAGGGGAGUGGUAGGUAGUCACUUACCCAGAUACUUCAUCUGCUCCAAAUGUUUUCUUUUUCAUAGCUAAACCAACGCCAAAACCGACAACACCAGCGCCAGUGACUUGCCAGUCACCCAUAUGUUCAAGUCCUCAGACGUGUCAACAAACAUGUCCCAAACCUGUAUGUUGUCAACGAUUUAACGACAUGGUAGAUGGCUGUCUGCCAAUCUGUUUUAAGAAAUGCGCACAAGUGUGUCCUAGGCGUUGCUGUGGUCCUCAUCCGCCAUUGGUUAAGCGCAUUGGACAACGCAUUGGACAACGCAUUGGACAACAGCCAAAGUUGAAUGACAUUUCGUUAAGUGGGUGUCCGAAGAUUUGCGCUGAUAUCUGUGCUCUGGAGUGUCCUCAUAGGUGUUGUGGCCCGGGUUCCCUGAAAAGGUCCUUCAUACCAAGAAGGACUCCUCAGCUAGCUUACAUGAAGAAUAACUAUGCCUAUGCAGCAAAACGGUUUCAGGUGCCUUUAUCACGUUACAGUAAGCCACGUGGAUUUAGCUUGAAGAAAAAACGGCACGUAAUGCACUAA